AGCGAAGCCACAGCUAUUUGCGCCUCCCCUUCUUCCUACUCUUCGCUUCCACCACUUCCAUCUCUCUCUCUCUCUCUCUCUCUCUCCCGCACGCGCUCCACCCAUCUCUCGCUUCCCUCUUUGCUUCCGAUUCUUCUUGGCCGUGUUUCCUCCAUCCGGGGUUUUUAUCGCGCGCCAGAUGUCUUUUGAAGGGAGCGAGAGACAUUCAUCGUUCCUUCGCUGUGUCUACAUUUUCAUGAUCCGUGGAAGACUCUGUUGCACGGGAAGAUCCUAUUUCGGCACUGGACCUGACAGAUCGUUGUUUCCUUACAGUUUUUUCAUUUUCAGUUUAGUUGUUUGUUUGCAACCUUGGUAAAUUCCUUUGGAAAGGGGACUCCUACACGCUCAGUUUUUACAAUUAAGAAAAGUUGCUCUAUUUGGUGCUUGUGAAGAGAAACUUUAUUGGCUACAAGAUCCUCCGAAAUUUAAGUUGGUCUUGUGAUGGCGAGAACAUCUCUUCCUCCGGGUUUCCGUUUUCACCCUACUGAUGUCGAGCUGGUUGAGUAUUACCUCAAGAGAAAAGUGCUGGGAAAGAAGUUUCGUGUUGAUGCAAUUGCGGAGGUUGAUAUAUAUAAGUUUGCUCCUUGGGAUCUUCCAGAUAAAGCUUGUUUGAGGACUAAAGAUCUGAAAUGGUAUUUCUUCUGUCCCCGUGAGAGGAAAUAUGCAACUGGCGGUAGAACAAACCGAUCGACUGAAUUUGGGUUCUGGAAAACUACUGGAAACGAUAGGCCUGUAAAUUACAAAGGUCAACCCGUGGGAAUGAUAAAAAGCUUAAUUUUUCAUCGUCGAGGCGGAGAACCUAAGCCAGAGCGAACAGAUUGGGUGAUGCACGAGUAUAGGCUUGACAAUGAGGAUUUGAAGACGAAAGGGGUGGCACAGGAUGCCUUUGUAAUUUGCAUUAUCUAUCAGAAAGAUGGUCCUGGUCCAAGAAAUGGUGCCCAAUAUGGGGCACCCUACAAUGAGGAAGAAUGGGAUGACGACGGAGAAGCUGAUUGCCCCUCCACUAGCAGUUUCACUCAAGCAUUUAUUUUACCUGAUAAGCAGAAGCAAACUGUUGAUAUCGGAAUUACUGGUUCUGAGCAAUAUUGUGGAAGGUCUACAUCCAAGGCAUGCCCAGGUGGACCAUCUGAGAUCGCUCCUCCUGUUGUAAAUGUGCCUCCACCAGCUCUUCCCAAUGAUGUGACAAUGGAGGAUCUUCUUUCACAUGGCAUCUUCGGUGAUGAAAUCCCUGCAGUGUCUUCUGAGAACGACAAAGUUGAGAACCUUGACCACAUCAAUCCUGAUGGAAAUCACCAAGCUGAGCUUGCAGAGGAUGAUAUCUUUGUUGGUUUAGAUGACCUUGGUGGCUCAUUGGCUAUAUUGCCACCAAAUAAUAAUGGUGUGAUUCUCGACAUUGUUUGCACGGAGCAUAUCCCUUUUUAUGAAUUGCGAAUCCGUUGA